CGGUAGCCUGGUGGCGUCGUUUUCUCAUUUGCCUCCAAUGACUCCAUUGUUUCUCCUUCGAGUCCUUUGUGUGGUUUGAAAUGCUUGUAUAGAUGCAUCAUAAAUCAUAGUUUUCCUAUUUGAUUUUUGGCAUUUUACAUUUUAAACAAUUCGAAAAUCGUGUGGUCGUGUGAUCAGUGGUGUGGUGAACUCAAGUAAAGGUGAAUAGUAACCCAACAAGGAAAUUAGGUGCAAUAUAAAUAUAUGUAUAUAAAAGGACAAUCAUGUGGACUGUUGUGAUAUUCAUUGAAGAAAAUUCUAUUGAAACCAUUCCUCUGAAGUGGCUCUUAGGGGGUGAUGGAAAUUUGGCCUAUUGGCCCUCAGUGAAGGGUCUGAAGUUGAACUCUAUGAUAGUAAAUUGUGCUGAACCGACUUCAAACUGGGAGAUAUUUGAAAUCAGAUUUCCCAAUAAUACUAAGAAGAUAUAUGAUAAUUUUCUCAAAGCCAGAAAGGCAUGUAAUAGGAAGACUGAAGAGUCAGAUGUGCUUUCUGAAGGAGAUUAUUCUUUGAAGAGAUUGAGAAAACAAAAAAAAAUGGAAAGUAGUGACGAGGAAGAAGAUUGUUUUCUAAGUCGCCUACCAAAUCCACCAGCGUUGCCUAACAAUUCUUUAUUUUCACCAGUGGCUACAAAACCAGUGUUGCAACUAAAAUCAUCAAGCACUGAUGAAAAUACUUUGUUUGAGGAUAUUAAUUCUCCAUCAUCUUCCAAUAGCACUCCCAGAGUAGAUAUAAUUGCUUUUGAGCCAGCUUUUGAGCCACAAUUUAGCUCUUGCUCAGGGCCUGUGAAUCAUUCAAAUAGAGAUUUAGAAACUCCAUUUCCAUCAACAUCAAAUAGUAUUGAAAUUAUGGAUUUUAUGUCACAUGUGGAUGCUACAGAUGCUAUGGAAAUGAGUAAAGAAAAUUCAGAAUCAACACCAAAAAGUAAGACCACUACAUCCAAGAGCAAAGUGCAUGGAACACCUGAUAACCGGAUACUUCGACAAUUAGUUUUGUUGAAUCACAAAGUGGACUUGCUAUCAACAGAUGUGACAAAAAUACUGGAUAAAAUGACCACCGAUGAUACAUUGGUACUAGAAGACACUGAAAUAGAGAAUUAUUUCCCAGUAAAAAAUGAUGAGGAGCUCAAUAAUUUUGAGCUUUUUUUAUCUGAAGAUAGAAAUCACAAUAAAUUUAUCCAGUAUGUCACCAAACUCGGAGGUUCAACUUUACCCGAAGCUGUGAGAAGAACAAUGGAAAGAGUCAUUAGUGAUGAUUUAAUUCAACAGUACAGUUGGCUAGGUCAAAAACAUAAAAAAAUAUUUGGAAUUUUAAGAAUGGCUCAAGGAAUGAAAGAUGGCAUCAAAAGGAAUAAGAUACUGCAGGAAUCAGUAACUGAAGCAGGUAUUGAAUGCUGCAUGAGGAAUUGGAUGCGUCAUGCUAAAGAUCGAAUCAAUAAAAGAUCAAAGAAAGCUGCUGUAAUUAGGUGAGCUGCAGUACUGAUAUUCAAUAGAAAAAUAACAUAAAAAGGCCUAUUAUACAGUGUGACCAAGAUAAGGUUGCACAGCAUGGGGAUCUCAGAAACAGGAGGACAUACGAAUUUGGUUAUAUGGGAGAAAAGUUGAGCAUUCAGAGGGUCAUUCCAACGACUAUAAAAAAAAUUCGAAAUUUCUUCUAGUUUUUGAAUAGUUUUUAGUUUUUGAAAAAACAAAGUUGAUGAUUUUAUGAAUACAAAACGUCGCGUAAAGUAUUUAUAGUUUUUUGUAUCUCUAAUAAUAUCAGAGAAAAAGAAAUAGAUAAUCCAAGAUUCCACUCUUUUUGAUAACUGAAAAACUAAAGACAAUUUUAAAAAUUUUCGAAGGCCAUUGGAAUGACCCUCUGAAUGCGCAACAUUUCUCCCAUUUAACCAAAUUCGUAUCUUCUUUCAUUUCCGAGAUCCACAUGCUGUGCAACAAUAUCUUGGGGACACUGUAUAUUCAUUAUGUAAAAUACAUUUCAUUUUUGUUCCAGGUGAAUCCUCAUCACAGCAAGAUUAAUUUUCAUUUUGUACAUUUUUCGAUAUUUUUUGUUCCUGAAUUCAUGUUUAUUUUGUAUUUUGUAUUUCUUAUCAUUUUUUUGUACCUGAACACAUUUUUAUUUUUUAAUUUUUGUACCUGCAUAAAUUUUAAUUUUUCAUUAUGUAUUUCUUAUUAUUUUCUUGUAACUGAAUCUAUUUCUAAUUUGUAUUUUGUAUUUUUUAUUCAUCACCUGAAUACAUUUUUAUUUUGUAUUUUUAUACCUGGAUAAAUUUUAAUUUGUUAUUUUCUUAUUAUACAGGGUUGGGCAUAUGUGUGA